AGAGGAGGGGACCACUGCCUCUAAAAUGAGUCUGUCUGGGGAGAGCGAGAAGAGAGUCACUGCCUCUAAGAGGAAGUAUUCUGAGAGAGAGGAGGGGACCACUGCCUCUAAAAAGAGUCUGACACAAGACACCAGUUCUAAGAGUGUCCAGAAGCCCAGAGCAGAGUCACCUACACCCAGCCGGGAACCUCUGAGACGUGGCAAAAUGUCUGAACAACAGAUGAAAAGCUCUGACUACCAGUUGGACUAUGAAAACGUUCAGGAUCCAGUUGAGACGAUGGAGGGGAUUGUCAGCGAGGGUGCUGUAAUGUUCACACACAACCCUCUGGGUAUGAGGAGUCAAACUCUUCUGACAGUCCAACAAGACAUUAAGGCUAAACUGAAACACAAGUAUCAACACAUAUCUGAAGGAAUUGGAAACCAAAGUCUGUUAAAGGACAUCUACACAGAGCUCUACAUCACAGAGGGUGGAAGUGGAGGGGUCAAUAAUGAACAUGAGGUGAGACAUAUAGAGAUGGCAUCCAAGAAACAAACCACACAAGAGACACCAAUCAAAUGCAACGACAUCUUCAAGCCUUUAGCUGGACAAGACAAACCUAUCAGAACUGUGCUGACAAAAGGAAUCGCUGGCAUUGGAAAAACAGUCUCUGUGCAGAAGGUCAUCCUUGACUGGGCAGAGGGAAAAGCAAAUCAGGACGUUCAUUUCAUGUUUCCUCUUCCUUUCCGUGAUCUGAACCUGAAAAAGGACCAAUACAGUCUGAUGCAACUUCUUUCCCACUACUUCUCAGAGCUGAAAGAGAUUAACAGCAUUGAAGAUGGUGAAACCAAAACUGUUUUCAUUUUUGAUGGUCUGGAUGAGUGUCUACUUCCUCUAGACUUCAAAAACAAUGAGAGGUGCUGUGAUGUCACGAAGCUAACCUCGGUGGACGAAGGAGGAGUACUUCAGGAAGAAAAUCACAGAUCAGAAUCUGCCAAUGAAAUCAUCAAACACAUGAAGACAUCAAGGAGCCUCCACAUCAUGUGCCACAUGCCAGUCUUCUGUUGGAUAUCAGCCACUGUCCUUGAGAUGAUGCUGAAAGAGGCAGAGAAGGAUGAAGUCCCCAAAACUCUGACCCAGAUGUUCACACACUUCACGCUCAUCCAAAUCAUUGUGAAGAACAAGAAGUACAACAAAGCCACAGAGACAAACCCAAAGGAACUGUCUCAGUCAGACAAAGAGAUGAUCCUGAAACUGGCAAAGCUGGCUUUCCAACAGCUGCAGAAGGGCAACCUGAUCUUCUAUGAGGAGGACCUGAGAGAGUGUGGCCUUGAUGUCACAGAGGCAUCAGAGUACUCAGCAUUGUGUACAGAGAUCUUUAAAGAAGAAUCUGGGCUGUACCAAGACAAGGUCUACAGCUUUGUGCAUCUGAGCAUUCAGGAGUUUCUAGCAGCAGUGCAUGCUUUAGAAUCAUGUCUGGACAAGAAGGAAAAUGUUUUUUCCACCACUAGUGAGGAUGAAGAUGAGGAGUCAAUCCAGUUGUCUGAUUUACACAGGAGAGCAGUGGACCAGGCCUUGAAGAGUGAGAAUGGAGACCUGGAGCUGUUCCUCCGCUUCCUUCUGGGUCUCUCACUGGAGUCCAAUCAGAAUCUGUUACGAGGCCUUCUGACACAGACAGGAAGUACAACACAGAGCAAUGAGGAAACAGUUGAGAGAACAGUCAGGUACAUUUCAGACAAGAUCGAGGAGGAAUCCUCACCAGAAAGGAUCAUCAACUUGUUCCACUGUCUGAAUGAACUUGGUGCCAACUCUCUAGUUGAAGAAAUGCAAACCUCCCUGCGAUCAGGAACUCUUUCAGAAACAAGACUAAAACUUGACCAAUGUUCAGCCCUGGCCUACCUGUUACUGAUGUCAGAGGAGGUGCUGGAGGAGUUUGACCUGAAGACAUACACCACAUCAGGGAAAGGUUAUCAGAGGUUGCUGCCGGGACUAACCAGUCCACUCUGCAACAUACAGACACUAGUUCUAGGUCAGUGUGGUCUGACAGAGGGUUGCUGUUCAGAUCUGGCCUCAGUCCUGAGUUCAUCCAACUCACAACUGAAACAACUGGAGCUGAGAGACAAUGACCUGCAGGACUCAGGAGUUACACUGCUGUCUGCUGGACUGGAGGAUCCAGACUGUAAACUACACACACUGGGGCUGUCUGGCUGUCUGGUCACAGAGGAGGGCUGUGCUGCUCUGUCUUCAGCUCUGAGGUCAAACCCCUCCCACCUGAAAGAGCUGGACCUGAGCUACAAUCACCCAAGAGACUCUGCAGGGGGACUGCUUUCAGCUGCUCUGGUGGAUCCCACAGAUAAACUGAUGAAGCUGAAUGUGGAUCAUGGUGGAGAGUUCAGGCUGAAACCAGGGCUGAGGAAAUAUGCCUGUCAUCUCACCCUGGACCCAAAUACAGCAAACCCAGACAUGAUACUGUCUGAGGGGAACAGGAAGGUGACACGGGUGGAGGAGAAGCAGCAUUAUGAAGACCAUCCAGACAGAUUUGACCAUCAUCCCCAAGUUCUCUGCAGAGAAGUCUUAUCUGGAUCUCGUUAUUACUGGGAGGUGGAGAUGGAUGGUGGCGGGGCUGACAUUGGUGUGGUGUCCAAAGGAAUGAAGAGGAAGGGAGAGGAGGAUGACAGUUGUAUUGGAGCCAAUAGGAAGUCCUGGUGUUUAUUCUGCUCUGACAGUGGA